GAUUUGAAAAUUGGUGAUGGAGGAGCAGGCGAAAGCAGAAGAAGAGCGAGAGAAACCAAAGCCCUCUCUUUUCCCUCUCUUUCCAACAACUGCUUCUACUUCUACUUCUGUCUCUCACUCUCUCAACACUCAAAACGAUGAAGCUUCUCAAUGGCUUUGCAACGCCAGUUUCAACACCGACCUCUCCGUCAUAAACGACGCCGUACUUCUUUCCUCAUCGACUUACCAACGUGACGAUGAUGACGACGAUGAUGGAAAAGACGACGUUCUACGUCCACCGCAAUCGCCGCCUCCGUCGUAUGAAUUACUCGAAGAAGAAGAAGAGACUGACAGGGAGAGUUCGAGGAAGAAGAAGAAGGGGAAGGAGCGAAAGAAGAAGAGAAAGAGAUCUAAAGAGAGAGGAGGAGGAGAUUUUGAUUCGUACCUGUCGACGAAAUCGAAAGAUUAUUACUUUGAUUCUCAUGGAGAUCGAGAUAAUUUAGUCUAUGGUCGUAUUUACAGGAUGGAUGUACCACGCUAUAAGCUUCAUAAUCCUGGGAAAUUAUCUGGUUCAGAAGGAUUUUACCUGCGCAAGAGGGGAUUAGGACUGGAUGGAGAUUAUGAUGUUGAUGAAAUGGAUAGUAAAGUAAAAUCUGGUGGUCGGUAUUGGUCUGCCAAAUAUUCAGCUGUGGAGCGGAAUAAGAACCUUAAGCGUGUUCGCAUUGUUGCUGACAAGAAGUCUGCUGCUACAGUUGCUGAUGAUUUUAUUCCUUUAAUAGAAACUGAAGUGUCUCAUGAAGGUUCAGGUGUAGACAGUUCAAUUCUUGAAGAAUCUUGGGAAGAUGAAGUGCUACGUAAAACUAGGGAGUUUAACAAAUUGACAAGAGAGCAUCCCUAUGAUGAAAAAGGUUGGUUAGCCUUCGCUGAUUUCCAAGACACAGUUGCAAGUAAGCAACCACAGAAAGGUGCUCGUAUACAGAUACUUGAAAAGAAGAUAAGCAUAUUGGAGAAGGCAGUGGAGCUUAAUCCAGAUAAUGAAGAACUGCUGCUUUCUCUCAUGAAAUCCUAUCAGCGAAGAGACAACACUGAUGUAUUAAUUGGUAGAUGGGAGAAGGUACUCAUGCAGCAUUCAGGGAAUUAUAAGUUGUGGAGAGAGUUUCUACAUGUUGUUCGGGGAGAAUUUUCCAGAUUUAAGGUCUCAGACAUGAGAAAGAUGUAUGCUCAUGCAAUCCAGGCCAUAGCUGCUGCAUGCACCAAGCAGUUUAGGCAGGUUCAACAAGUUGUCAAACCCUCUUCCUCUGACCCUGCUAUUGUUCAACUGGAACUUAGUCUGGUUGAUAUAUUUCUCAGCCUUUGCAGGUUGGAGUGGCAGGCGGGUUAUCAGGAGUUGGCCACUGCUUUAUUUCAGGCCGAAAUUGAAUUUAGUUUGUUUUGCCCUUCUUUACUUCUAACUGAGCAGAGUAAACACAGACUAUUUGAGCACUUUUGGAACAGCGAUGGUUCAAGAGUUGGGGAAGAAGGGGCUCUCGGUUGGUCUAUGUGGUUGGAAAAAGAGGAAGAAAAUAGACAAAAGGUUAUGAAGGAGGAAUCUUUACAUGAUGAUGAUCAAGGUGGUUGGACUGGUUGGUCCGAACCAGUUUCCAAACAGAACGAAAGUAGUAGAAAUCCAGAAGAUGUAGUCAAUGAUAAAGUGGCUGCUGAGGAGUUUGAUGAGGAAGCUGAUGAUGAAGGCAUAAAUCAGGAAGAUGAUACUGAAGCUUUACUAAAACUUUUAGGCAUUGAUAUUGAUGCAGGGGCCAAUGCUGAGGUUAAAGACACUUCAACAUGGACUAGAUGGGCUGAAGAAGAGUCAUCUAGAGAUUGCAAUCAGUGGAUGCCUGUUCGCACAAAAGAUGAUCAGAUUUCUUGUGGUGAUGGAAAUGGAGAAGCAGAUGAGCAACUUUUGAAAGUAAUAUUGUAUGAAGAUGUCAGGGAAUACCUGUUUUCGCUAAGCUCAGAAGAGGCUCGCUCAUAUCUUGUAACCAAAUUUAUUGAUUUCUUCGGCGGGAAAAUAUCUCAGUGGAUUUGCACUAACAGUUCAAGCUGGAGUGAAAAUCUCCUUACCCUAGAGGAAUUGCCAGAUUUCUUAUCAGAAAAUAUAAGAAAGGUUGAUUGUGUUCUAACCAAGACAGAGAACCAUUCAGAUGGUCUUUCUUUGGAUAUCCUUAUGAGCAGCACCAAUGACAUUUCUAGGAGGACUGAGAUGAUGAAAUUUCUUCGCAAUGCUAUCUUACUUUGUUUAACUGCUUUUCCACGUAAUUAUGUCCUGGAAGAAGCUGCUCUUGUUGCUGAAGAGCUUUCUGUUACAAAAAUGAAUUCUUGUGGCAGUUCUGUUACCCCAUGCCGAGCAUUGGCAAAGGGCCUCUUAAAAAGUGAUCGACAGGAUAUAUUGCUUUGUGGAGUUUAUGCACGGAAGGAGGCUUUAUUCGGGAAUAUUGAUCAUGCAAGAAGAAUAUUUGAUAUGGCAUUGUCAUCCAUUGAUGGGUUUCCAUCGGAUGUGCAGUCAAAUGCUCCUCUUUUAUAUUUAUGGUAUGCUGAGGUGGAACUUGCUAAUAAUCCUGGCAGUGAUCAUGAAUCAUCAUUUCGUGCAAUACAUAUUCUGUCUUGCUUAGGAAGUGGUUUAACAUACAGUCCGUUUAAAAAUCGACCAUCCAGUUUACAACUACUGAGAGCACACCAGGGAUAUAUGGAAAGAAUGAAAGCAGUACGAUCAGGUUGGGCACGUGGAGCUGUAAAUGAUCAAUCUAUUGCUCUCAUCUGUUCAGCAGCUUUGUUUGAAGAGUUAACCAGUGGACUGGCUGCGGGUAUCAACGUUCUACAUCAGGCUUUUACCAUGGUUCUUCCAGAAAGAAGAAGCUACAGUUAUCAACUUGAAUAUUUAUUUAACUUUAAUGUGAGAAUGCUUUGGAGACAUCAUAAGCAAUCUAGUAUAUCCAAAGUAUGGGAGUCCAUCUUGCUCGGACUCCAGAUAUAUCCUUACAGUCCAGAACUCUUUAGUACUUUGGUGGAAAUCAGCAAUCUUUAUACCACACCCAAUAAGCUGCGUUUGAUCUUUGAUGCCCAUUGUCACAAGAAACCAUCUCUAGUUGUUUGGAUUUUUGCAUUGGCAUUUGAGAUGAGCCGAGGAGGCACACAGCAUAGAAUCCGUGGAUUGUUUGAAAGGGCACUGGCAGAUGAGAAAGUGCAGUGUUCUGUUGUACUCUGGCGUUGGUAUAUUGCAUAUGAGGUUCACAUUGUAUGCAAUCUGUCUGCAGCUAGACGAAUCUUUUUCCGAGCUAUUCAUGCCUGCCCAUGGUCAAAAAACUAUGGCUUGAUGGUUUUUUCAAACUGAGUUCCAUCCUAACUGCAAAAGAGCUUUCAGAUCUCCAAGAAGUAAUGCGGGAUAAGGAACUGAAUUUGAGGACAGAUGUUUAUGAAAUACUUUUGCAAGAUGCAUAGAAGCAAUCGUCCAUGGGGCAAUGUUGGAACUUCCUUCUGCUGUACUUCGGAGAAGCUUCAGAUUCAGAUUAGAGCACUAAAUGCAUAUACCUUCACGGAAAUUUUUGGUUUUUGGAUAUAUAACAAUGACAUCUUAAAGUUCAUAAAACUACGGUAAAAACUUUCCUAAGUUGUUUGGCAUUAGUGCCCAAAUGCAACGGAUACUUCAUGCACUGGCAUAAACCAAGAACUCGAAGGUCAUGUUUAAGGCACUCUCGUAACAGGUACACCGUUUUUGUGCAUCAAGGCUCUUGUAUGUUCCUAAAUUGAAACUCUUUCUGUUGUUUAUAUGCCGACUAGCAAGAUCUUUUCAGUGAAGUUUAGAAGUUAGUUUAGAGAUUUGGCUUAACUUAUGAACAUGCUUUGCUAAAUAGUGUAACUCCAUAUAGGACUUCUAGGACCAUUUUUUUCUUCCUAAAGCAAAUUAU